AUGCUCGGAGUCGGUCGUCGCCUUGGUGUCGCUGCGCUCGCGCUCGCCUGCAUGGGUGUGAAGGCGGGACCCGUACAGGCUCCCAUCAUCAUCCCGCCCCCGUAUGCGGCUGAGUAUGCUCAGAAGACAGUCCAGAUGUUCCAGACGAGCUGGAGCGCGUACAAGGAGUACGCCUGGGGGCACGACGACCUGAGCCCUGUGAGCGAGAGUUAUUCUGACAGCUAUGGUGGUUGGGGUGCUUCUAUCGUGGACGCGUUGGACACCAUCUAUAUAAUGGGACUUACGGAUAUCUUCGAGGAAGCUCUGAACUGGUCUUCCACGGUCGACUACAGCACAACGCCCACGGACAGCCAAAUUAGCUUGUUCGAGACUACUAUUCGAUACGUCGCCGCAUCGCUAUGCACGUAUGAACUCAGCGGUCAGAAAUACCCGCAGCUUGUGAACCAGUCGCAGGUGAUCGUCGAUAAGAUGGUAAAUGCGUUCGUCCGAGACAACCAAAUCCCGUACGGCUACUUGAACUGGAACGAGGGGACUCCUGUUCAGCAAACGACGAACAUUGCGGAAGCAGGAACUUUGACUAUGGAGUGGGGUACUCUUACGGACUACACCGGGAACGACACGUACCGUGCGCUCGCAGAGAAGUCUGUCGUCUAUAUUGCCAACCUUCCCCCACCACUCCCGAACCUCCCUGCUCAAGUGGUCGACCCUACCAGUGGCGAGUUCGCUGAUGCCUAUGUUACUUGGGGCGGUGGCUCUGACAGCUACUUCGAGUACCUCAUCAAGUAUGCGCGCCUCACGAACACGGAUAACAAUCUCUUUGCGGACACGUGGGCGUCUGCUGUAGAUUCAUCAAUCUGGAACUUGGCGAGGUCGUCGACCGUCGAAGACUGGCAGUACAUGGCCGACUGGGACAACGGCACCAUCAUCCACAUCGGGUCCCACUUGGAAUGCUUCCAUGCAGGCAACUGGAUGCUGGGCGGUAAGCUUCUAAACAACGAGACCAUCGUCAACUGGGGUCUUGCGCUCAUGGAAGCUUGCUGGAACACUUACGCCAGCACCGCCACGGGCCUUGGUCCCGAGGUCUUCGGCUAUUCCUCGUCCGACGGUAACUACACCGGGACCACGCCCUCCACCGGAGACCUCGCCUUCUACGCGAAGCAUGGUUUCUUCGUCUAUCCCGGCGACUCGGACUACUAUCUCCGCCCAGAGGUGCUAGAGUCAAACUUCUACGCAUGGCGCAUUACUGGCAACUGGAAGUACGUCCAGCGCGCGGCAGAUGCGGUGGACUCGUUCUUGAAGUACUUGCCGACGACCGUCGCGUACGCGGGGAUUGAUGACGUCGACGCUACCGACUCAGCGUUCAUCGAUGAUAUGCAGAGCUUCUGGUACGCGGAGGUCUUGAAAUAUCUGUACCUGACCUUCUCCGACCCGAGCUUGAUCAGCCUUGACGAAUAUGUGUUCAACACCGAGGGGCAUCCCUUCAAGGCACCGCCGGCCAAGCCAGUGUACGGUAGCGGCCAGAUCCUUGAGAGUGACACCUCGGCGUUCAAGAUGGUCGUCCAGAAUGGCCCUAUCGUCAGUCCCGUGCCCUCUGCGGUGGUCUCCAUCCAGAUUCCCAGCGCGACGGCCGUUUGA